AUGGACGCAAGCAAAUCCGAUCCGCCUCCGUCGCACAUCGGCACCGGCACUGACGCCGUCGCCAACACAAUCGUCUUCUUCCACCCGGACCUGGGCAUCGGCGGCGCAGAACGUCUCGUUGUCGACGCAGCCGUGAGCCUGCAAACCCGCGGCCACAAAGUCGUCAUCUUCACCAACCACUGCGAUCCGACACACUGCUUUGACGAAUGCCGCAACGGCACCCUCGACGUCCGCGUCCGAGGCAACUCCAUCGUCCCGCCCUCCAUACUCUCGCGCCUGACCAUUCUCUGCGCCAUCCUCCGCCACGUCCACCUCCUCCUCACCAUCCACCUGACGGGCGAGCUGCUGGCUCUCGCUCCACGCGCUUUCAUCGUCGACCAGCUCUCUGCCGGCCUCCCCCUGCUACGACUCCUCGCCCCCAACGUCCCCGUUCUGUUCUACUGCCACUUCCCUGAUCUGCUGCUCGCCCAGGGCCGCCAAUCCGUCGUGAAGCGGCUCUACCGCACGCCCUUUGACCGGCUCGAAGAAUGGAGCAUGGCCUUUGCCCACGCCGUGGCCGUCAACUCCAAAUUUACCAGCGCCAUCGUGGCAAGAACCUGGCCCGGCUUGCCCGACAAGGUCCCGAUAAAAGUAGUCUACCCCUGUGUCGACACCGAUAACAAGGCCGUAGGGGACGAGCACCAUCUCACCGUGGGCACCCAAGGCAAGCACAUUAUCCUAAGCAUCAAUCGCUUCGAGAGGAAAAAGGACAUUGGGCUGGCAAUCAAGGCGUUUGCCAGGAUCCCCGCCAAGCAACGUCAAGAUGCACGCCUCGUCCUCGCCGGCGGCUACGACCCCCGACUGUCGGAAAACGUCGUCUACCACGCCGAGCUCCAGGCCCUCGCGACGUCCCUGUCUCUCCCUCACCAUACUGUCACGCCGUCCAGGCUCUCGGCUGUCGCGCAGCUGCCCUCCGCGCCGCCUGACACCCAGGUCCUCUUCCUCCUCAGUAUCCCCAACACCCUCAAGUCGGCGCUCCUCCGCGCCGCCCGCCUUCUCGUGUAUACCCCGACAAACGAGCACUUUGGGAUCGUGCCGCUCGAGGCCAUGCUUUCGCGCGUCCCCGUCCUCGCCGCCAACACGGGCGGGCCCGUCGAGACCGUCGCCGACCCGCAAACAGGCUGGCUGCGCGAUCCCGUCGACGUCCCUGCCUGGACCGACGUCAUGGCGCGCUGCCUAGCCCUGCCCGACCAUCAACUUGCUGCCAUGGGCGUCGCCGGCGAGCGCCGCGUGAGGGCCUUGUUUGGAAGGGAUCAAAUGGCCCAGACGCUCGACGAGACCCUGGAUCAGAUUGCGCGUCUCGCCAAGGAGCACCAGCCCAUGUAUUACAAUGACGGCACGAGUCUCCGUUUUCUGGCGGUUUUCGUCGCCCUGUCUGCCGUUUCAGCCGCUUGGUUUGCUUUCGCAUCUUGA